GGGUUAAUCAACACUAUUACACACUUUAAGACUGUUUUUUCGAUUGUGAUUGUGGUCGUCGUUAUGUGCGCUGACGCUUGGGGUCACAGUUUUAGGUCAGACAUGAGGUUUUGCUAAUUAUUAGCAUCGGUAAUUAACCAAUACAAAUCUUUAAAAUAACACGUUAACGUGUUUUAAGUCGUAUACAGGUCCCAGUACGAUGAACCGCAAAAGGGAAAAGGUGAAGAUUACCUGGCUGAAUAAGGCCGUGGACUCCCCCAGAAAGCUCAUGAAGAACAGUGUGGGUGUGGCAAAGCCAACAUGCUGGGAUGGAGAUGGUCAGGAUGGUAAUGUGAGCGAUGUUAGCUCUCCAGGCCUGAACACAUCUACUGGGUCAGCUGGACUGGGAGACAUGGAGAACAUGUGUCUCAGCACUCCACAGCGUACGCCCAAAACACGGUUAAAACUGACGGGACGUCACAGAGCGCUGUUGAAAAAAAAGAGUCCUGGUGAGGAAACUGUUUCAGGACAACAGUCCUCUGUUGGACCUUCACCUCCUUCUGCUGGAAAGAAACAAAGGAGUCCAGAAGAAGGGCAGAAAAUCAUUCUCCUCAAAGCGCUGAAUGAUGCGAUGGGGAAUGCAAACAAAAAGUCAUUAACUGGUGGGCCCAAAAGUUUGUCUGCAAAGAAACCCCCAGACAAGCUUAUAAAGGCAAUUAAGGAGGAAAGCACCUCUGAGCUUGACUGCUGCUCAUUCACCGAGAAGAUUGAACGACUGGCCGCGAUGACAGAUGAUAGGCCUCCCCCACUGGAGUUAAUAGGCAAAGAAGAUGAUGAGACAGAAAUAAAGCUGGACACCAGGAGUGUGAUCCUAAAUCGUCCCGAAUCGCCGGAUUGGUCAGAUGUUGAGGACUCAGAGCAGGUUGAAGUUUUCUCACAGGAUGAGUCUUUUGAACCAAAGGGGCGACAGACAGCUGAGCUUAAAAAGGAUUGUGAGCUUGUGGACUUCAGUGACAGACCUCCACCUUUGGAAUGUAAUCCUUACUCUUUAUCACCAGCUUUAAAGCCUUUCCCACAAGCCCUGUGGGAACCAGAGUUACAAGUAGGUUACAGUUCCCCAGCUGUCCCAGCCAGGGAUGUGGAUCGUUUCUCAGAGAUUUCAUCCCAGAGUACAGUCUCUGACCUCGAACCACUCAGGAAUUACUCACGGUCACUCAAAUCACAACAGUCUGUCAUCAGCUCUUCUCCACUGGUCGAUGCUUUCCCCGAGCUCAGAACCUUUGCAUCCACCCCAUACACGCCUGGUUACUGGGAUUACUCGACUCUUACGACACGCAGGACUUCAGAAUCCAACAUUUACACAUCCUCACAGAUGCUCCUUGUUGAGGACGGUGCCACUCGCCGGAUGUCUGUUGGCUCGGAGCCUCUUUGGCUGUCAGAUUUGAGCUACUCGAGAGCAGAUUCUGCAGGAUUUAUUGACACGCACUGUCACCUUGACAUGCUCUAUGGGAAGUUGGGUUUCCGGGGAAGUUUCAAAAAGUUUCAGAGCGAGUAUGCAAGCACUUUCCCGAUGGAGUUUAGGGGCUGCAUCGCGGACUUCUGCAACCCACGAAUCACAAAGAGAGAGGCUAUCUGGGAAGGGCUACUGGGAGAGGAGAAAGUGUGGGGAGCCUUUGGUUGCCACCCGCAUUUUGCCAAGGAGUAUAACAACACUCAUGAGCUAAGCAUCUUGGCUGCUAUGCGGCACCCUAAGGCCGUUGCAUUCGGAGAGAUCGGUUUGGAUUACUCUCAUAAGAAUUCCACAGACUCGAGGAAGCAGAAAGAGGUGUUUGAACGGCAGUUGCAUUUGGCCGUCAGUCUCAGAAAGCCUCUUGUCAUACAUUGUCGUAACGCUGAUGACGAUGUGCUGGAAAUAAUGAAGAAGUGUGUCCCCAGGGAUUACAAAAUACACAGACACUGUUUUACCAACAGCUAUUCUGUGAUUGAGCCGUUCCUAAGUGAAUUCUCUAACCUGUGUGUGGGUUUCACUGGACUGGUGACGUACUAUAAUGCUGCGGAGGCUCGAGACGCCGUGAGGAAAAUCCCACUUGACAGAAUCUUACUGGAGACAGAUGCACCAUAUUUCCUACCCAGACAGGUGCCUAAGUCUACAUGCAGGUUUGCUCACCCAGGUAUGGGCAUACACACACUGCAGGAGAUUAGUCUGCUAAAGGAAGAGAGCCUAACCACAGUAAUGCAAACAAUCCGGCAGAACACUAGACAUAUAUACGGCCUGUGACUGGAAACUCCGUAGCAUCUUAGUCCAGCUGUUAGCUUAGUCUUGCAUCUUUGGCACUUUUUCCAAACUAAACAAUCUUGAAUGUAUUUUUUUUUUUUUGACAUUUUCCUUGUGUUUAGAUAACAAUGUCUGCAAAAAAGUUAGAAUUUAUAUUCUAGUGUACGGUAGUGUGUGCUAAUAAGUGUAUAAGCAUUGAUACUUAAGUUUUGUAAGUGUUGUAGGAAAUUUCACAUCUGUUAUAAAAACAUUAGUAAUGAUUAAUUUUAAUAUCUCUUCAGUUUUGUUUUAAAAUGGUUCUUUGUUCCUAGGAUUCUUUUGUCGUGUGUCUGCAUAGUUAUGUAUGCUUGUGAGACAUAAGUGACAUCAAAUGCCGGCUUGUGUCUUUCCUUAUAUUAGAAUUAUAUAAGUCGUUUUGCCUUACACCAUGACAUGAAAGUUUAUGCAAAAAGAAAAUGUAAAACAGAUUGUGAAAAACCACAACAAAUAGCUUUUACCAAGUUGUUGGUUUUAUAUAAAUGUAAGUUUUGUCUAAAUAGGAAGAUUCAAUAAAUGAUAUUGUAU